AUGAAUAGAUUGACCCUCAGGUUCAAAGAUCCCGCUCUGGAAAAACAGUAUGAGUAAAGCCAAUUUGAAAUGUAUAGAACUAAAUCAAAUUACUACUUUUUAACUAUCUUUUUAGUAAUUUGUGUUCUUUAGUUCAUUUCAGAAUGGCUAUACUGUUCAUUAGAAACUGGACUUGCCUGGAAAUUAAUCAAUAUCGUCUUGAUAGCAUUUACUUUAAUUUUUCUCUGCAAAUAUCCACAAUUCGGAAAAGAAGCUAUAUUCUUUGAAAAUCUUAUCUUGAUUUCUUCAAAGUUGUAACACCUAUAUUCACAUAUGGGCCAUGAUGAUGAUAAAAUUACCGAUCUAAUUACACUUACAGACUUAGAAUAUCACUUACAUAUAUUGUAGGUUUUCGAUGUUGGUUGUUUCUAAAUAGUACUUUAAUCGGCUAACAACAUUUUUAUGGAAUAUUUCAUAGGUACUCGCGUCAACAUAUUUUAAAUUGUCAAUAACAUUUUAUGUGCGUCCAUUAAAAUGAUAGUUAUGUAUUUCUUUAAAGAAUGGAGUAGAUAGCAAUUUACUCUCUUUUUAAAAGAUCAAAUCUGGUAACAGUAGCUUCCAAAUAUCAUCUAAAAACCAUUUUUCAAAUUCACUCUAGAAAAUUUUACAAAGCAGUUUAGAUCCAUUUUGAGUAAUCAGAUAGAGAUGUUCCCUUCAUACGAUCCCAAUUUUUGUGAAGGAUGCAAUUUGAGGUCAUUCUUACGAUUUUGUAUAAGGGACAAGAAGACAUUAGAGUAAAAAUUACUCGACGAUUAUAUACAUAAGGAGCAAAUAUAGGGAAAGAAUAACGAAGAAGUUUGGUAUAGCAACAAUCUGAAGCAUUAUUCCAUUAGAAUAUGUAACCUAAAUGUCGAAAGAUUUAAAUGUUUAAUUAUUUUAGAAGAAUAUAAGCAUAAAGAGAAAUAAUCAAUAUCAAAUAAUUUAAUCAAAAAGUAAUUAUUAAGAUCUAUUUCCUCUCGUUCCAAUCAUAUUACCAACAAAUUUUUCAAAUUAGGAAUGUACACAAUAUUUUCCAUCAAUAACGAACAAAUUGGGCUAGUAAACAUGUACAUUCUACUUAAAAGAUUGUCAACUUAUUACAGUUUUUUGGACCUAAAAUUGUUACCUAUCCAAGGUGAGAAUUAUAAGUCGUUUCUUAUAAAAACAUACAGUAAAAAAAUAGUGAGUUUUAUGGUAUGUAUCUUUAAUAUCUUCAUAAAAAUCUAAACGAGUAAAAUUAAGAAGAUAUUUCUUAAGAUUGAAAUACUUGAUUGGGAUACGAUAUGCAUUCAAACAGAGGGAGUAGAUCAUAAAGUAUUUUUAGAGGAAUACAAAAUGAAUCUAUAUUUAGUUUAGGUUGAACAGUAGCUUUUGGUGUUUCCAGUCAGUGAUUCGUUAAGGUUUGUGUUUUAAUCUUAAAAGGACAAAGAACCAUUGGAGAUGAAAUAUUUAAAAAAUGAAUAUUGA